AAAGUUAAGUUAUGGAUUCAGAAAAGGUAGAAAGCCAGUCUUAUAAAGAAAAGUUUAAAGAGAAAAAUGAUUUGUUUAAUAAUUUACUUCAGCCGAAAACUGAAACUAGUUCACUUGUAGAAGAUACCGAAGAAGAAAUACAAAUUAAUAAGUUUUUAGAUUUCAUAAAAGUUUCUUGUAAAGUAAAUAAUGUUGUAUCAAUGCAAACUAAUCAACAAAGACAUUUGACGUGUAAUACAUCAGAAAAUUAUCACUCACAUCUCCCGAAAGAUGAACUGAAUUUUGAAAAAAUGGUGGAUAAAGAGAUAUUUGAAGGCAUUUUAGGGCAAAGAUUUGAAAAUAAAAUAAUGAAACCAAAUAUUGCACAAGAUAGCGAAGUCUCCACAAGCGGAAUUGAUGAUAACAAACUUUCCCAAAGGCGGAGUACUGUGGGAUUGGCUAUUGGGUCAUUUUCUCGGCGUAGUUUCAAGAAAUUAGAUAGCGGAUUAAAAAAGGAAGAAAGUGUGCAAACAAAACUAUAUAAGAAAUUAGACUAUGUUAUUAAUGAAGGAAUGGCUGACUCUGUUCUAUCCUUUAUUUGUCCAAUACCGGUACCAGCUUCUUUUCCUAAUCAAUUAAAACAUAAACAAACAAAUAAAAAGGAAUCGAUUAAUGCUAGACAAAUUCUUUUGGAGAAUACAGAUUCUGUAAAAGUGAAUAAUAACGGAAAAAUUAAUGAAAUUGAAAAUGUUAAUGACAGAAAGGGAUUAAAUUGUGAAACUUAUCCGAACGACGCAAAGCCAAUGAGAAAGUUAAAAAAUAUAGGAGAUACAAAAGAACCUGAGAUUGUUAUCCAUGUAUGUGAUGAAGUAAAAAAUACUACAAAAGAUUUUAGCUGCUCACAACGGUUAUUGGUGAAUAAAAUGGGAUACUUCGCAGAGGUAACGGCUGGACAAAAGCUCGACGAAAUGGACAUUUCGGUGCAUUGCGAUAUACAAAUAUUCGACUGGUUAAUAAAAUGGAUGAAAUUAACGGAUUUCGUUGAAUCAUCAGGUUGUAAGAAACCCACAAUUGAAGGCUCAGAGGAUAUGCCACGAUUGGAUGCUAACAAUGUAAUUCCUAUAUUGGUGUCUGCCGGAUUUUUGCAAAUGGAGCCUCUAAUGGUUGAAUGCCUAUCGUUUUGUCAUGCUCGGUUGUGUGAUGUAGUACGUUGCUCUUUAAAUCUCUCCUGUUUGAAUGAUUCAAUAAUUACACGGUUAGCUGCUAUGUUUACCAAUUUGGAAUUGGAAAUGGUGCGAGACAAAAAAGAACGUUUAGUACCACGUUUGUGGAUAAAGCUUAUUCAAAGUCUUUGUGAGCCUGAACCAGAGGCACUACGAGGGCACUCCUAUAGUUUAGCUGGGUUGUUUCGAUGUUCAAGAUGCGGUGAACAUCUUACAAACACAAUUAAAUCUUACAUUCCCUGUCAACCUAACAACACACGACUAACCCGAUGGGGUCAAUUGACGAGUUGUCACGUGCGCGACAACCUCUGGAACAUGAAUAACUUUAUUGCGCAAAUAUAUAAAGAGCAUCGGUCAUGGCGUAAGGUUUACUGGAAACUUUGGGGUCAUUGCCAUUUUUUAUAUUGUUGCAUCUGCGAAUCACAUUUCCCAGUUUACAAGAUGACGUGGUGUCGUUUUCACCCUUUGAGUCCAAAUUAUAUGGAAUCAAUUACUGAUGAUUUUUUAGCCGGACCAGUCGGUCGUUAUCCGUGUUGUGGACAAAAAGCAUUUCGUUUUGAGACGUUUCCUGAGACCAAUGGAUGUCAUUUUCGUGAGCAUAGCGUUCUUGCAGAGACUGAUCGAGAGCGCCAGAUUUUGCAAAUAAUCCAAAUUAUAUCUGACAAUUGCAUACUUUCUGAUCCCCCAAGCGAAAGUUUAAGGAAUCCGGAAAAAAAUCCUCUUUGGGGGGGAGUGCCACUUACUCCUCAACAAUGCAGACAAGGAUUGUUACCUGCUUUGGAUGUAGGAGAUCUAUCAUCAAAAUCUAUUCGACAUAUGGACCAUGAUGUUUCAAUCAACUACGAUUCUUGCAGUGACAGCAGUGGCAGCGAAACAACUUAUAACAUAGAUUGUCAGAGCAAGAAAAAUAACACAAAAAAUUGUGAAAUCGAUUUUAGCAGUGACGGCUGCGAAUCAGAAAAAGGAGGUUCAGCCUUGACUACAAGAAAAUUUAAAAAAAAACUUAGUUUAAACUCCGGUCGUAAUUGGUUUGGAGAACUAUCUGCUCGUAGUAAUCAAGACCACCAGCGGGAAUAUGAAGAAAAAGCAUUGAAAAACAUUGUAAUUCAAAUAAAUAAAAAUUAUGGAUUGGAUAAGAGCAUUCUUCCAUGUGGGUCGGUUGGGGGAUUUUAUGUGCGUCUAGAAACCGAAUGGAAGGAUCAGCUAAAACAUAGAAUUUCCUCAAACCCUAUUAGUAGUUCAUCAGCGUCUGCUAUUGGAAAACACAAAUAUAAAUAA